CUUGUUCCCAGCCCGGUGCGGUGCGUCUAGGGAGCCCAUGGAACCGGCUCGCAGUGCGCCUCCCGGGGACGGCGCUGCUGAGGCGCUACUGAGAGAGCUGGAGCGUCAGGUGCAGGAUGUGGUGCGGGCGAGCUCGUGGUGGGAGCGCCACGGUGUGGACUGCGCCAUCCUCGCUCUCAGCCUGCUCGCCUUGCCGGCCGGGUUCCUGUGCCUACGCUUCCAUAAUAUCCUGGCCUUUGCCACUGGCAUCACAAUCUUGGGUGUGUGCCAUUACACACUCACGGUCAAGGGCAGCCACCUUGCUACUCACAGUGCCCUCACAGAGUCCAAACGCUGGAGCAAGAUCUUGAUGAUUUUCUUUUUGGAGGUGUGCACAGCCUUUCCUGCAGAAUUCGCUAAGUUCAACCACGUCAACAUGCACCACGGUUACACCAACGUGCUGGGUCUGGGAGACUCGAGCACAUGGAAGAUGCCGAUCCUCAACCGCUACGUCUACAUGUUCCUUGGGCCACUUUUGGUCCCCGUCCUAACGCCACUGGUAGCUCUUGAGCAUCUGAGGAAGGAGGAGCUAAGGACGGCACUGCGGGCUUUGGGCUUCAUUUGCUUGGGCCUUUACUCUCAGUACUGGCUGUUCAUGAAUGUAUCCGGCUUCAAGAACCCCAGUUCAGCACUGGUCUGCAUGCUGCUCGCCAGAUCCCUGCUGGCCCACCCCUAUCUCCAUGUCAAUAUCUUCCAGCACAUUGGAUUGCCGAUGUUCUCCCCGGAAAAGAAGCCCAGGCGGAUUCACAUGAUGACCCUGGGUGUUCUGAACCUGCCACGGCAGCCGGUGCUGGACUGGGCAUUUGGCCACUCCCUCAUCAGCUGCCAUGUGGAGCACCACCUCUUCCCUUGGCUCUCUGACCACAUGUGUUUGAAGGUGAAGCCCUUGGUAUCGAAGUUUCUCCAUGACAAGCAGCUGCCCUAUAAUGAAGACUCGUACCUGGCUCGGUUCCAGCUGUUCCUAGAUCGCUAUGAGGAGUUCAUGGUGCAUGUCCCGCCCAUCACUGAGCUGGUGGGAGUGCAAUGAAGGCUGGGCUCCCUCCCUAGCCCAGUCCUGGCCCUCCUGUACUGCUGGCCCUUGGGGAAGGGGGACUGGUAAACCUGGGACUGUCUUGGGAUUUGAGUUAAGGGAGACUAUUGGGAGAAGAAAUGAAAGCA